AUGACAGAAGCGGAAUCAGAUGUCCAUCAUGCAAGUGGCACAAAUGGCGCAAUUAACAGAAGUGAUGCUAGACGUCCAAGUAUCCUGCACCCGGAUCUUCAGAUUCGGUCCAAAGAUGAAUUACCAGAUCCAUAUGAAUUAGGUCUAGAGGAAGAGCUCGAUGGCUGGCACGGAUAUAUCGAAUGGGAGAAAUAUCCUGAACGAAAACAAAAGGCGAAGGAAUUCAUGAAGAAAUUCAAAUUUCCUCCCGCACCAGAAUUUCAAUUGGUUCCUUUACCAAAAACAAAUCCGGUGCUAGAAGGCGUGAGAUGGAAACAAUAUCAUUAUGCAUUGGGUAGGAAAAUGAAAGAUAUGCCAGCAGAAAGUUGGCUAUUUGUCGAGAAGGAAAAGUCUCCUGAUAUGCUUCAUGUCUUGCAAUUUCCUUACAAUGGAGAACCUCCUCGAAAUCGACUCGUCGAAACGGCUAUAACUCGCAAUGAAGAUCAUUUCGUUCGAAAUCAUGGUGGAAUUCCUGAAAUUGAUGAAGAUGCCUAUUUCUUCGAUGUUGGCGGUUUGGUCAAUAAUCCAAAACGUAUCACCCUGAAAAAUCUAAAGGAUGAAACUAUCUUUCCGAGACAGAGUAACGUUGUCACUAUCCAAUGCGCGGGAACUAGAAGAAUUGAGCAAAUUAGCAAAUAUCCGGGUGAUGGAGAUGAACUUAUCAAUGCACCCUGGGGCGAAGGAGCCAUUGGAACCGCACGAUGGACCGGUGUAUCCCUCAAAAAGGUCAUCAAAUACUGCGGCGGUCUCAAAGAUCCAUCUGGAGCCAACCAUGUCGAGUUUUUAGGUGCAGAUACCUACUUCAAAAAAGGGGGAGCAUACAAUUACGCCGUCUCCGUUCCCUGGCGCAAAGUGAAAAUCCACGAGGUUCUUCUCGCUUGGGAAAUGAAUGGAGAACCCCUGCCUAAAAUUCACGGCUACCCCUUGCGCGCCGUGGUGUUUGGGUAUAUCGGAGCUCGUUCCUGUAAAUGGCUUACCAGAAUUAACGUUCUUCCUCACGAAUCUUUCGGUCCGGUACAGAAAAAGGAGUAUCUGUAUUACAAUUCCCAGGUCGGGAAACAUAAUGCAGCUUAUAGUUCUGGGUUUAGUAUCCAAGAUAUGCCAGUAAGCUCGGCAAUCAUGAGUCCAGUGAAUAUGGAUCAGAUAGCGCAUUCGGGCACAAUAAAGAUGAGAGGAUGGGCGUAUAGUGGGGGAGGACAUUGGCCGGUGAGGGUGGAGGUUAGUGGGGAUGGAGGAAAUAUUUGGUAUGAAGUUCCGUAUGAGAAUUUGAGUGAGAAGUACUAUCAUGCGUGGAGAUUGUGGGAAAUCGAUCUACCGGUUGAUGCGGAAGGGUGGUUGGAGUUAGUCGUGAGGUGCUGGGACAAUUCAAUGAAUACGCAGCCAACAUUUGUGAGAUCUACAUGGAAUUGGGAUCUUCACGUAACUUCCUCUUGUCACCGGAUCAAGGUCUUUAGCAUCAAUAAAACGAGAUCAAAGACCGCAGCGACAUUGCAAAUGUAUGAGAAAAUGGGCGUACCAUUCUUUCCAAUCACGCAGCCCGGACCAUUCGAAUUGGAGGAGGAUGACACUUAUGAUCAAGAAAUCGAAGCCAGAGGUGGUCGAGAUCCAUUGGAGUGA